AUGGUGCGCGAGCAGCUCAUCGUCAGUGCUGUCUCGUUUCUGCAAGACCCAUCAGUCGCUUCAGCCCCCGUCGACCAACGCAUUGCCUUCCUCCGCUCCAAGAACUUGACCCAAGAAGAAAUCGACCUUGCUCUCCAGCGUGCCGGUUCAGAACCCNCCUCCUCACACCCGCAACAAUCACAAGUCCAACAGUACCAGUCCCCACCACCUCAGCAAUACAGCCAAAACGCAUACUGGCAACAACCUCCCCCACCGCCUCCAGAACUCCCACGACGUGACUGGCGUGACUGGUUCAUCAUGGCCACCGUAGUGGGUGGCUUGGGUUUCGGCGCCUACACCGUCGCAAAACGCUACAUCUACCCUUUGAUCGCACCUCCAACGCCCCCGCAACUUGAGCAAGACAAAGCUGCCGUCGACGCCUCUUUCGACAAAGCCUUUGCCCUACUAGACCAACUCGCAACAGACACUUCCGACCUCAAGGCCUCCGAGCAAGCCCGCACCGAAAAACUCGACACCGCCCUCUCCGAAGUCGAAUCCGUGAUCAGCNCAACUCAAAGACGCAAGCCGCAGACGCGAUGA